AUGGAAGAGGAGUCUGAAAGUCAAUCAACAUCUCGAUCAAAUCGGGAUUUGGUGCAAAGUUCGGAAAGAGAUACUUGGGGAAGAAGGAUUUCAGCACCAAAAGAUCGAUGGUUUUUGGUGGGUUUUUAAAAAGAGACGCUGAUUUCAGGAAAAUCUAACUAUUUUUGAGAAUAGCUUUUUGAAAAAAAUUCAAAUUUUCCGCUCAACUCUCGAAGAUUGUGAGCAUAAAUAUUUGUAAAAAUAUUCUGUAGCAGAAAAAAAUUAAUGUGUCAGACUCACUUGUCAAAUUUUAAACCCUUCUCUCCCAGGUCUACAUAAUUUUCACACUACACGGUAUGGGAAUGUUAAUGUCAUGGAAUAUGUUUAUCACAAUUGCUCCACAGGUACAUUAAUCUAGUCUACAGUAACUGAUCUAAUACAUAGAUUACAGUACUACCACGAUUAUUGGUUCAAUGGAACGAGUUAUCAAAAUAGUUUUAUGUCAAUAAUUGGUGUCACUUCACAAAUUCCAAAUGUUGGAAUUAUGAUUUUGAACACAAUUGUGGUUAUGGUGUAAGUUUUGGGGGAUGAGGAAAACUGAAAUGAAUGAGAAUUAGUUUUUGAAAAAUCCAAAUCGAAACAAUCAUUCUUCCCAGAAAUGUUUAUGAAAAUAAAGCCAGACAUGAACAUUCCCAAAAUGUGUCAAUUCUCGCACCUUCUCCCCCUUUUCAUAUCAUUUUGCGUAUCCCGUAAUUCGUCGGUCACAUGUUCUUCCUUACCUAUAUAAUCAUGUUGUAUUUCUAAUAUUUUGUUCUUCCGAGAACAUAUACUAAAAUUGGAACAAUACAGAGAAGAUUAGCAUGGCCCCUGCGCAAGGAUGACACGCAAAUUCGUGAAGCGUUCCAAAUUUUUUGAUAAAUUUCAUCUGACUCUUUAAGACAACUAAAUUAAAUUUUGGAAAUUCUUCUAAGAACACUAUCGAUUAGUGUUUGGAAAUUUUAAAUUUAUGAGAUUUUUGAAACGUAUUUUUUAGAGGAAUUUUCUUAGAAUUUGAAUUUGAAAAAAAACAUUUCCAAAUUUUUAUCCAAAUAUGAAUGAAAAAAACGCCUGAAAAGCUCUUUUCGGUAUACUGUACUUCGGUAAAAUUAAAUACUAACUAUUUAUAAAUCUAAAUUUUUCAGCGGUUUCAUGAUGCUCCGAGUAGUUGUUCCUCUAAUUAUAAACUGUUUCCUAAUUGCUGCUCUCGUUCUUCUUGCAAUUUUCGCAUCUCCCGACAAUGGAGAUGUCACUUGGUUUUAUGUCGUAACUCUAAUUAUUAUCAUGGCUAUGAAUUUGGCAAAUGGUAUUUAUCAAAACUCGGUUUAUGGAAUUGUCGCUGAUUUCCCAGAUAAUUACAUCAAUUCAUUAAUUAUUGGAAAUAAUUUAUGUGGAGUUUUCACAUCGGUUAUGAGUAUUCUAACAACUUUGAGUGAGUUUUUCUAAAUUAACUUAGAACUUUGAAUUUAAAUUUACAAUUAAAAACUUUACAGUAUCUCCAAAUGAUAUAAAACUCAAUGCUCUGUUAUAUUUCAGUAUUUCAUUGGCUUUUAUGAUCAUUUGUUUGGCAUCACUUUGGUUUUUAGUUAGAUCUGUAAGGAAUCAUUUCUCCUAAUUGUAAAUAAAUUCUGAAUGUUUCAGCCAUUCUACAAAUAUCAUAUUGAGAAAGGAAUUGAGGCGAGAUAUGAGGAAGCUGUUGAUAAUCCAUCUUUGGCACAAUAUUGGGAAUGUUUGACUUAUGUGAGUUUGAAACAAUGGGAUGUUGACUAUGACGUGGUAAUUAGGGCUGACUGAAAUUCGAAUUUCGAAACCGACAGGGGUAUGGGAAUUAAUAUACCCACUAUAAUUUUCUCGGAAUCGGAAUAAUUCGGAAAAGUGAAAUUUCAACAUUUUUCAUAUUUAAAAUUCCGAAAAAAAAUUCAGGGAAAUCUAAAAAUUCUCACUUGCGUUUAGGAAAACAAUUUUUCGAAAUGAGUUUUUCUCAAAAUUCAAAUUCCCAAGAAAAUCAAGAUUUUCAACUGAAAUCUCGAAUUCCCUCCAAACCUCACAACUUUCUCCAAUUUUUCUAGUGCUGGGUUCAACUUUUCAACAAUUUCUACGUUUAUUUUGUUUCUCUCAUCAUUUUCCCAGCAAUGAUGACUGAUACUCCAUAUUUCGUCAAACAUCCAGGAGAUAAAUCAAUAUUUGGAGACGAGUUAUAUUAUGCAAUUAAUACUUUUUUGAAUUUCAAUUUAUUUGCCUGGAUUGGAUCAAGUGCCGCAAAUUAUGUGCAAAUUGUGAGUUUUAUCAUGUUUAUUUUUUAUUUCAAAAAUCACUUGUUUUUGAAAUGUCUCAACCUUGAAAUUUUCCAAAAUUCAUUCAACAAGAAUCCAUAAAGAAAAUACGUUUAUAGAUUUUUUGAAAAUUCUUGAAAAAUUGUAAAAAUCCGUUCAACAUUUGGUUUUUAGAAUCCAAAAAUGAUCAUCUUUGAGUGAGAUUCGAAAAAUCCAGAAUUUGAUUUCAGCCAUCAGCCAAAUAUCUGUGGAUCGCCGUAAUUGCUCGAACAAUCUUCAUACCAUUCUACAUGUUUUGUAAUUAUCGACCAAGUACCCGAAAAUGGCCAGUUUUCUUCGAAAACGAAUGGUGGUUUACAAUUGGUUGUACAAUAAUGGCAUUUACUUGUGGUUAUAUGAGCAGUUUGGCAUUGAUUUAUACACCAAGUCGGGUUCCACAACGAUAUCAAAAAUUGAGUGGAAUGUUGGCUUCGAUCUUUUUAAUGUUGGGAAUUCUGGUGGGAGUUGCAUCAACGCCAAUUAUUGCAUAUAUUGUUGACAGUUGGUGA